UAAGUCUUCGUCGUUAAUACGCAACAAGUUUUCCCGGCAAAUCGUGUAUUUUUCCGCCUUGUAGAACAUAACCUCCCAUGUGACAUCUUGUAGAUUCUUCGUAUCCUUCGGUUUUUUUUUUAAUGGGCAAAAGAGAGAAGAAAACUGGAAAGGGACGUUUGGACAAGUAUUAUCACUUGGCCAAGGAACAGGGUUAUCGAGCUCGUUCAGCUUUUAAGCUUAUUCAAUUAAAUAAGAAAUACAAUUUUCUGGAAAAAUCAAGAUGUUUAAUUGAUUUGUGCGCAGCUCCUGGUGGCUGGUUACAAGUUGCGAGCAAAUAUAUGCCAGUCUCAAGCUUAAUUAUCGGUGUUGAUCUUGCACCCAUUAAACCGAUUCCAAAGAUUAUCACAUUUCAAGAAGAUAUUACUACAGACAAAUGUCGCGCCACUCUUCGAAACGAAUUAAAAACUUGGAAAGCCGAUGUAGUACUUCAUGAUGGUGCUCCUAACGUUGGUGUAUCUUGGAUCCAAGAUGCUUAUGCACAGUCUGAAUUGACUCUAAAGGCUUUAAAAUUAGCUGUAGAAUUUUUGAAUAAAGGAGGCGCUUUUGUUACUAAAGUGUUCAGAUCAAAAGACUACAAUAAUUUAAUAUGGGUUUUUAAUCAAUUAUUUAAAAAGGUAGAGGCCACAAAACCAGCUUCUUCAAGAAAUGUCUCUGCCGAAAUUUAUGUUGUAUGUCGUGAUUUCCUUGCCCCUAAAAAAAUUGAUCCAAAGUUACUCGAUCCUCGCUCCGUUUUCCAAGAAGUAGAUAUUGGCACGAUAAAUAAAUCUGUAAAUGUAUUACAUCCUGAAAAAAAAAAGCGAAGAAGAGAAGGCUAUGAUGAUGGAGACUACACUUUAUUUAAAGCUGCAUCGGUUUUGGAUUUUAUUCAAUCGAACGAUCCAAUUAGAUUUCUUGGUGAAAUCAAUAAGUUAAACUUUGAUACUGAUGAUGCCAAAAAAUUAUUGAGUCAUAAAUCUAUUACCGAAGAAAUUAAAAUAUGCUGCGAGGAUUUAAAAGUUUUAGGGAAAAGAGAAUUUAAAAACCUUUUGAAAUGGCGUGACUCCGUUAAAUCAUCGUUUCAAGAACAAGAUGAAAUAAACGAAAAACCAAGUGAGAAGGACAAAAAAGAAGCAUCUGCUGAUGAAGACGAAAUCAUACAAGAAGAGCUUGAAAGAUUAACCAAGGAAGAGCAGGCUCAUCAGAAAAAACUCCGUCGAAAGGCAAACAUAAAACGUCAAAAAAAUGUGACGCGCAUGCAACUAAAAAUGAUUUCCCCGACAGAUAUAGCAUUAGAUCAAGUUGUAGACGAAUCAUUGUUUAAUUUAAGACAAAUCGAUAAAUUUGGGAUGUUAAAAAAGAUUCGGAAAGGAGACAUGAAUAUAUCCAUUGAUAAUGAGCAAGAUGACGACAUUAUGAUUGAUGAUAUUGAUGCUCAAAAAAAGGACUUGCACAAAUACGAGCAAAGUGAUAAUAUUGAAGAUAUGGAAGAUGUUGAUUAUGAGAGCGAAAAUGAUAUAACUUAUUUAGAACAAGAAAUGGAUGAAUUAUAUGAACAAUAUAAAGAAUAUAAGGCGGAACGUGAUGCAAAAUAUAGAGUUAAGAAAAUGCGCGAAGAAAAUGAUAUCGUUCAAACUUUUGACAAAGGCGAUGAUGAUGACAGCGAAUCAGAGGAUUAUGCUCUGCCUGACAAUACUGACUACUCUACAUCAGAUGACGAUGAUUCUGAAACUGAAAAGUCAUUUAGUAAUAAAGUAACGAAUAAAAUAAAGAAAAAGAAUAAUAAGUUAGUAAUAAAUUUAGAUUACGAUGAUGAUAAUGAAACAAUUCGAAGUCCUGUCGAAUUAAGUAAAAAAGCAACAUUGUUUUUUGAUCAACCUUUAUUUAAAAAAGUGAUGAAGGAAUAUGAUGAAAAUAAAGAACUCUCAGAAACUAAAAAGAGUGAAUAUGAUGCAAACGAUGACCUUAAAUUACCGUCAAAAAAGAAUAAAAUAAUCAAAAAUUCCAAAGCUGAUGGGGAUGAAGAUUAUGUCAAAAAUUUUCAAGUAAUCGAUAAAGAUUCGGAUUCAAAAAUCCGUAGUGAAUCGUUAAAACGUAAAGCUGAAGAGAAUGAUAGAGGCGAUGACGAUGAUAUAGAAAUAGUUCCAAUUAAUAAAGACAAUAACGAGGAAAUAUGGGACGCUAAUGAAUCUGACGAAGACGAAAAAAAGAUGAAAAAAGCACAAAAAAUUGGGUUAAUUACUACGGAAGCCAUGAGUCUUGCGCAACAACUAGUAAAUCGACAAAAGACCAAGAGUGACUUAAUUGAUGAAGGUUUUAGGCGAUACACUUUCAAUGACAAAGAAGGAUUGCCAUCUUGGUUUUUAGAUGACGAAAGGAAGCAUAAUAAAGUUAAUGUGCCUAUAACAAAAGAAGCUGUGGAAAUUAUUCGUCAAAGAAUGAAAGCAUUGAAUGCUCGACCUAUUAAAAAGAUAGCUGAAGCUAAAGCUAGAAAAAAGAUGAGGGCCAUCAAAAAGCUUGUUAAGCUUCAAAAAAAAACUGAUGCCAUUGUUGAUACUCCAGAUAUGACUGAAAGAGAAAAGGCACAAACAAUUUCAAAAAUGAUUUCUAAAACGCAAAAAAAGGUUAAAAAAGAAAUUAAAGUAGUUGUUGCCAAGGGUGGAGCCAAGGGUAAAAAAGGUCGCCCUAAAGGGGUGAAAGGAAGAUAUAAGAUGGUAGACUCUAGAAUGAAAAAAGAAGUUAGAGCAAUGAAAAGACUUGAAAAGAAAGGAAGGAGAUAAAAUGGAAUGGACUGCCUGAUAUUUCACUUUCUCUAUUUUCAAAUGCAUUGAUUUUGCAAAACCUAAAUUCAAAGUAAUAAAGAUUUAAUAAAAAUUUGUUAAUAAAAAAUAAAUUUCAUAUUAGUAUUUAUUUUAUUAUAUUUUCUGUAUUGUGUUUUUAUUAGAUUAGUU